UUGAAGGCAUCAUUGAGGUCAUAUAUUAUCUGGCGUCAGAAGUCAAAGUCAAUAAGUUAUGAGGCUGAAUUGGGAGCCCAUUUUUAACUACAUAAGGAAAAACAAGCAACACAAGCACAAAGACAGACACAAACACCCACGCAAAACACAAUUACACAUGAUAUUAUGCUUGUUUUUUGUAUUAUUGUCAAAUGCUUUAAAUAUCCAUACUUGUAGUAGAUAAAAUUAUUAUUUUUUACUUUUUCUUUUGUUUUGUUUUAAUGUCGCUAGGUUUACUGGACUCUUCUCGCUUAGCUUCUAUAAACGAAGACAAGAUUUUUUUAUUAAUGCAACGAUUAACUCACGUAAAUGUGUAGGUUUAUCUUUUUUAGUUGUAUUUUUUUAUGUAUAAUAAUGUUUUUCGCAUAAUAAUCAGUUUUUUUUUCAAUGAAAUAAAGUUGUUAUGUUUAACGAUAUCGGCCAACUACGACAGAUUGUUAACGCAGAUUCAGGUGAGAUUUAAAUAUUGUGUUUUCAUUAUCUUGUUUGAUUUUUUGGUGGAUGAUACCUUAUGAGAUUGGCUGUAACCCGUUGUGUUUAAAAUUGUUCGUAGUAAUGAUAUCAUCUGUGGACUACUCUGUAUUUGUCUAUGGUGAUUAUUUUCCGUUUCCAUGGCGGCCAAUUUGUAAACAAUGAUCAUAGUGCGCUCAAUAAAAUUUAUGUUUACAGUUUACGACAUCACUUUAUAAAAUGAGUUUUAACCUUGAUGAUCCUCUAGCUGGAAUUCUCAGUGACGGCAGCGAUGAUAGUUUUUUUGAUGACGAUGUUUUGGGCAAGAAGAAGCCAAACAAGAAAAAAAGUACACCAACUAUUGAAAAGAAAAAUGCUUUGUUUGAUUUAGGGAAUGUUGAUGUAACAAAGCCCGGAACUAACACCGCAGAGAAAAAAGAUUCUUUAUACGAUCUUGAAGCCAAGAAAUCCCCAACGCCGUUCAAGCGGAGUGCGUCAAAAGAGUCUAUAAAAUUUUCACAAUCGGAGCCUAAAGUUAAGGCUGGGCUCGAUAAAAUUGACGUAGGUAAAUCACCAGCCAAGUCUAAGGUGAGUACGAGUGCCGAUAAACUCGACUUUCUGAGUGAACUAGGAGGAAGUAAAAAAGAAUUAAACAAGACUAUAGAAAAAGGAAAAAGUUCUCAGUCAUUGCUCGAUGAUAUUUUGGGUGGUUCUUCAACAAAAACCGGUGGGUCCAGUCAAACCACGAGGCCCGUCACUGCCGCAAAGAGCCAAGAGUUUGAUUUUGAUUCUAUUUUAGGAAAAAGCGAAACUAAGACUUCUGCAUCGAGCAAAAGUGUGCCUCAGAAAUCUAUAAUAAAGGAUAGUGCAAAAGAUGAAAAGGAUGCCCCUGUAAAGAAAGGUAAGUCAACUGAAGACUGGCUUGGUAUAUUUCAAGAUAAAGAUGACGGGAAUAAUGAUUUUGAAGACGACGCUGGUAUGCCUUCGUGGUUGGUUGGGGGUGACUCUAAGAAGAAAAAGGCUGAAGAUAAAAAGAGCGUUAAUAAGACUGAACCAAUCAAAGAGAAACCUAAGCCUGAACCUGAGGAAAUUAAUGAACCUGAAGUAGAAAAACCCAUUACGGAAUCCAAAAGGGAUGUGGAAGCGAUGGAGCCAAUUCCUAAAUUAGUUUUGCCUGGGAAUAUGUUAGCCGGAAGUAAUGAAGAUAUCACAACGGAAGGCGCCACUCUCUACAUGCAGCAACAGGAGUCGCAGAUCAUGGUCGCGUUGCAGCUGAAAGCACAGGAAGAGAAACUUGCUGCAAUGCAGAUUCGUCAGAAAGAAAGCCAGCGUGUUCAACGUGAGGCUGUAAUGGCGCAACACGCGCAACUGGACGCCAUGCUGCGGCGGCAAGCGGAGAACAGGCAACAGAUGCAGACCAUCAUAGCUGCUCAUCAAGAAAGGAUCACGCAGAGAAUUAAGGCAUUGCUGGGUACAGAAAAUUUGGAGAACGAAGACGCUACGAAUUAUAAUGAAGAAAUUCAAUCUGUUGGAGAUCAUAAAGAACCACCGCACAUGCGUGAAAAGAAACAAUUAUUGCAACUUGUGCAGUCACUGCAGGAAAACCACGACAAGGAGAUAGAUCUCAUGGAAACAUCGUACAGGAGACAACUGGCGUUUCUCGAAGUAUCUCUCAAUCAUUCGGAAGAAAGAAUGAAAGAGGAGAGCGAGAAAUUAGUCAAGUUCUAUACAGAGAAGAUUAAUUGGUUGGAGGAACAUCAUUACUUGUACAAGAAACUGACAGAGGACAAUCUAGCAGCUUUGACGGAUAGGCACAAAUCGGAAAACGAAAUGCUUAGACAGCAGCACUUGGACAAUGUGAAGGUCUUACAGGAACACCAUGCGGCUCUCAUGGAAAAUAUUAAAAAGGCAGUAAAACAAGAGCAGAUCGUCAUACAAGAUUCAGCGAGUUUCUCCUCAGAUUUAAAGGAUUUGGUGACAGAUGUGAAGCAAAACAACGCUCAGUGCCAUGAACUACUAGAGAAGGUCCAAGCUUUGACUGAAAAUAGUGAAAAGAGGAAUGAUACUAGUGUACAAGUCAGAGAGGCUCAGAUAACCGAUAUGAUUCAACAGUUAAAGAAAGAGCGUGAAAAUUUCGACACUGAAAAAGCUGAAAAUAGGGAAACUAUAAAAAUGUUGGAGACGAGACUACGACAGAUGACAUCGAUGAUUGAAGAAGAAUCAGCAACUCUUAAACAGAAGAGAAUGGAGUUUGAAUUCGAAAAGGCGACAUUUAAUAAGCAGACUGAAUUUGCUAAGAAUGUUCUGAAAAAACAAGAUGAAGAAAUCAAGAUGUUGCGGGAGGAAAUUCAGAAGGAGUAUCAGGAGAAGACUACGAAGAUUGAUGAAGAGAAGGCCAAAGCUGUGAAAGACAGUGCAGCACUUGCCAGAGAAAAAGUCACCAUACAGAACUUGAGACAAGAGUUAGAGAAAAUGAAGGCCCAGCUUCAAGCUCAAUUAGAGGAAGUAGCAGAGGACAGAUCGAAACUAAAUGUGGAGAAGCAACAAAUGCAUAUGGAGGAGCAAAGGAUUUUGGCUAAGAGUCGCGACUUAGAUCUUCUAGCAAAAACAGCGGUAGAAAAACAAUCACAAGCGGACAAAAAGUACUCAGAAGCAGAAUUUCUUCAACGGAAAUACGAAGAACGAAUAAGAAGGAUACAAGAGCACGUUGUAUCUCUAAACUCCAGAGAAAAACAGAUUGCUAGAGAGAAGCUAGCUCUGUCUAGAGAAAGAUUAAAUCUCCACAACGAGAGGAAAGAAGUCGAGAGUAGACAGCAAUGUUCCCUUUGCAAGUCAAGCAAAAACUUUCCACAAUACUCAAACUUUACAUUUCCGGAGUCCUUCAUGAAUAUUCCAGUUACGAGAGACAUUAACAGUUCUAACAUGACGACGGCCAUGAAUGCUAUUGAAGAGGAGAUGGCUCACCUAAUGGGCAGGAACUUAAAUUUGAGGCACAGUGCCGGUAUUGGGGACUUGAGCCAACAUGAAGACAGGUUUCAGAGUGAUGAGAAGCAGAGCAGGCAGUUCCCAUCGGAUACCACGCCGGCCGAGUCGGGGGCUUUUAAAGAUUUUAUGGAUCCAAAAUUCAUGAUGCUACGUCUAGAUGUACAGAAGGUUUUAAGUAAUUUGGAUCAAAAUAAAAAGGAUGAAAUUGUCGAAAUCGCAGCUGAAGAUCACUUCGAUGAUUAAAUAAAUUGUAAAUGUAAGAAAGAUAAAAA